CGACAAUCUUUCACUCAUUGUUAACCCUGAUUCGUUACUUCGUUUUCCUUUCUACCCUUGUUCUUUUUAUAUUCUCCAGAAUUCCCUUCUUUCAUCAGUUGCAUUUACAGUUGCAGCUGUCCCAUGCUCCACCACAUCUGUCCCAUCUUUGGGUCUUUUACCCUGUGUUUCCUUAGCUGGCGUUUCUUGCGACAUCCUGCUGUGUCCUAUGUCCUAGUGCAACCAACCUAGCUGUUAAGCGCUUCUUUGCACUACCUCGCCCUUCAAACAAACUGAUACCUAUCAACUCAACCCAACUCAACUUACGUCUCAAAUCCUUACUCUCUGACCUACCUAUUCAUAUACAAAAGGCACUUGCCAUUUUACAGUAUUCUUAUAACUCAGUUGGUUGGCCCCGCGCCUAUUCACCUUAUGGAGGAGGGUGGCGUUACUCCGUCCAACGCCAUUCCUGAACUCAUCUCUUCCUGGUCCUUGCCUGCCUCUCCCUUGCGGCUGCAAUGAAGUCGUCCCUUGUGGGUGCUUCGCUGGUUUCGACAUUGGGUCUUGUGCAAGCCCAAACCAUCCAGUGGAACAUCGAGGGUCGCCAUCCUCAACCACAUUUGGCCCGUCGCGCCCAAACGACAUAUGAAGAGGUCAUAAGUAAUGACAGAUCUGAAGGAGGUUACUUUACUGAGGUCACGAUCGGCAAUCCACCUCAGAAUAUUACCCUUCAGCUCGAUACCGGGAGUAGUGAUGUAUGGGUUCCCUGGAACUGUGCAGAUAUCUGCGAGGACGACAAGAAUGGAAAAAGUGGUUGCCCUCUUGGAAGCUUUGACCCCGAUAAGUCCAAGACAUUCAAACAUGUCGCGCCCGGAAUGUUCGGCAUCACCUUUGUAGAUGACAGUUACGUCAAGGGCGAUUAUUUUGAAGAUCACUUUGAGUUGGACGGCGCUGUCAUCAACAAUCUGACCAUGGGAUUGGCUAUUAAGACUAACAUUUCAUAUGGGUUGAUUGGCGUUGGUUACGCCAAGAACGAGGCAUCGGGCAGCACCACGGAUGUUAUUUAUCCCAACCUUCCUGUUGCGAUGUACCAAGCAGGCUACAUCAACACCAUCGCCUACAGUGUGUGGCUCAACGACCUAGACGCCAAAGCCGGCAGUAUUCUAUUCGGAGGGGUUGACACAGCAAAGUACGUGGGCGAUAUGCACCGAAUCGAUAUUCAAAAGUUGGAUGGCCAUUACUACCACUUCGUCGUGGCCUUGACCUCACUGGUCGCCACUAGCUCCAGCGGCAGCGAUGUCCUUACCUCCGAUAGUUUCCCUAUUCAGGCCGUUCUCGAUUCUGGAACCACGUUGAGCUACCUUCCCCAAGAUUUGGCUCAUGAGAUCUGGGAAGAAGUUGGUGCUGUCUGGUCGCCAUACUAUGGAGUAGCUGUUCUACCAUGUGCAUAUGGCAGGAACCAAGGGAAUUUCACAUUUGGAUUCGCAGGCCCUGACGGUCCUAGCAUCAGUGUAGGGAUGGAUGAGCUCGUUCUUUCCAUGACCAGCAACGCGGCCAAUAUGCCAGUCUUUGAAUCCGGCGCCUACAAGGGCGAGAACAUAUGUACCUUUGGUAUACAAAACGACACCAACGAUCUGUACCUACUUGGCAACACCUUUCUUCGAUCCGCCUAUGUCGUCUAUGAUCUGGUAAAUAACGAAGUUGGAAUUGCCGCUACUGAUUUCAAUUCGACGAAAAGCAAACGAGUCCCAUUUAAGAGCUAUGGGGCAACCAUCCCAUCCGCAACGGCAUCAAGCAAUCAGCACAGAGCAACCGAGAAACCAACAGUCCCAGGUCAUAACUUCACUGCUGCUGAGGGAUUUCAAGAAUCAGACUCAAAUGGAAAUGAUGACAAGGACAACGCGGGAUCAUUGCUUAACCCCCCGACAACACCUUUGGCGCUGGUCGUUACCACUAUGAGCUUUAUGCUUGCAGGCGGAGGGAUUUUCUCGAGCAUUUUUUGAUGACGCCGUCUUAAGGAGUUUUGGCUGCAUUGCAUAAGUCAUCUGCUUCAGAUGCUAACAGGUUCAUGACACUGGCGUUGAACAAGGGUUGUAUUGACAUGGGCUCAUUUUGGCGUUUAACGGCCGGACGGAGCCGUCGGUAAUGAGGAUACAAAAAGGGCGCAAUGGAUGAUGAGACUACACAAAUGAUACCAGUAAAAGAAUGGCAUAAAAAGCCUAAAAGAAUACAUAUAAAUGCAAAUGUUAAUGAUGCGUAUACAUGUUCCAAAUCUCGAGUU